AUUCGGCAACAAUGUUAGCUAACGUCAAAGUGACUUUUAGUGGUUAAUUUGUUCAAUACAUUUAUUAAUAAACACUCUCAUACAGUCUAGUUUAUCUAUCGCGUAUAAACUUCCGUUACUAGCAUUGUGAAAUCGAAGGUCAACCAUCAUUUGCAUAACCUACAUACUAUUUCUACGAAAAAAAUUCUCGUUAAAAUGGAAUCUUUGGAACCCCAGGAGGUACUUAAAUUCAUUGGAUUUGUAAAUAAUUUAAAGCACAGUUCGAGAAGAGGAUGGUCAGUAUUAAAAAUCAAAAAUCAUGAAUCAAUUUCGAGUCAUAUGUAUGGUAUGGCCAUGAUGACCUUUUUACUAGGUGAAAACUCGAAAUUGGACAGGCUAAAGUGCUUACAAUUGUCUCUUGUACAUGACUUAGCUGAAAGUAUAGUUGGAGAUAUCAUACCUAGUGAUAACAUACCAGAAGAUAAGAAACAUGAAAUGGAGGAUGAAGCUAUGAAAGAAAUCACUUCUACGGCAGGUAAUGCUGCUGGAAAAUUAAUUUACGAUCUCUACAAGGAAUACGAAGCCAAAGAAACGCCCGAAGCAAAAUUUGUUAAGGACUUGGACAGAUUUGACAUGCUCUAUAGUGCUACUUAUUAUGAAAAACGUGAUAAUAAACCCGAAUUUCUUCAAGAGUUUUUUAAUUCAACAGAAGGGAAGUUCAACAGUCCUUACAUCCAAAAACUAGUGAACAUUUUGAAUGAUGAACGAAAAGAACUUGGUAAAUCAGUGGAAACAGAAGUAAAAAAUGGUAAAAAAGAAGAUAACGAAACAAAGUCUCAGUCAAUUGAAAUAAAAGCAAAAGAAUAGUUUUUUUAAAUUAAAUAAGUUUAA